CCACACUUCUGAACAUUUUAUAUACAGUAUUUAGUCUUUGAAACUGUCCUCUGUCAAGGAACUAUUCUAGCAUUCAUUCCAUUUAGCAGCAGGCCUAGCCAUUAUUGCCUUGCCCAUUCUCUGGUUUAAAGUUAUACAGUGCCCUAGAUUUUCAUUUUGAUUCUGUUCAUUUUCUUUAACAGAUCACAGUCUGGGUCUACGGCUUUUCAUCUCCAGCUCAACCUUGACAAAACAAAGCUCUUUUUUCGUUCAGCCGCCCCCAGUCUCUUUCCAUUGCUUUUGAAGGUUGUUUAGUCAUUGACUCCUGAUGUGUACACAUCUUGGAAAUUGUCCAAGAUGACCCACUGACCUUCAUUAAUCAUGCUGCGACAAGUGCCCUAUCCGAAUAAGGCUUUUUAAUGUAGAGAAAAUCUGCCUUUUCACUCCCAUCAGUGCAUCCAAAAUGCUUCUGUCUGACUCUAUAUAUCCAGUAAUUCUCUCAUUUACUCAGGUCUCAAUGUACUCCUCACUGUGCACAGUCAUAUUCAGGACCCCAUUCCUGGCCUACAAUGCUGUCAGCACCAUUAUUCUAAUAACUAUAAGCCAUUAUCCAGUCGCACACCCACAACCUUCACACUACUCUCAGAAUCUUUACUCCCUACACAUAUAAAGCAGCCAUCCUGUGUGCUUGCCCACAACGACUAAAUGUUGUUUUGUGAAAUACUGCCCCCUUUUAUUUUGUAUAGUGCCAGCUGCAGACUCUAUACAGAAUAGACAAGUGUAGAAAAAACAUAAGGCAAGUCCAAAACAAGCUACUAAGGUGGAGUGUUUAAUAAAACAACAAGCAAGAAGUCAGUUUGUCAAGAUAGUAAAGGUUGGUCGAUGCAAACUGUUUUAACAAGAGCAAACACAAUGUCUGCUGCAUAACUAAUGAGCUGGAUCAAAUGGCACAAUCAUUCUGAUAGCACACACACAUUUCCCCCUCUACAACAGAGUACGUCAGACAUGAGUUUUGUUGAGCGUUUCUCUGUCUUGCGAAAUACAAUAUUUGAUUUCCAGGUGAUAAAUAUAAAGCAUUCGUGGCUUAAACAGAAUGCUGCUGAAGAAACUGCUUUUCUAAAGCUCUCUGUUGUAAAAUAGAGUGCCAUGAGAAACAGGCAGGUGGCGUAGUGGGAGUUAUCAUUUGCAUUUUGCUUUCAUACUAACAUCAUAUGAGUUUAAAGCAUUAAAAACCUCAGAAAGCCAAUUUGAAAUUUUUUCUACAGUGCAAGUGUAGUCUGUAUGACUUAGUGCUAAUGACAAGAAACUCACAUAUGAUCAUAUUUUAGAUCAAAUUAAAUAAUUUGCCCCAUAUUACAUUGUUCUUAAGCCAAACUAAACUGAAUCUUGUGCUUCCUUGUGUUCAGAAAGAACAUAAUUAUUGCAAAUUCACAGUGUUUACAGUAAUUUACAGUAGUUACAUCAACAUUUUAACUUUGACAUCUUAAAGAUAAAUGUUUUAAAUCUUUGUUUUUCAGCGGAUCCUACUGUAGCGUACACCUUUCUUCUCUUUGAGGUCCCCAGGCACCAGUUUCGACCCCUCUAUGCUAAGCUAAAGGAGAUGAAUCUUUUAUUUAUGCUUUUUGUAUAAAUGCUUGCUUGUUUAAUGGAGCGUGGAAGAAUGACGUGCAGAGCUCUCACAACACAAUCACAUUCAUCUUUUUUUUAUGUUGUGUUUACAUUCUUAACUUUUUCCAAACGACUGCUAUACACAAACAGGCCGUGACAGAAAGUGUAUGUGGCUUUUUGGCAGAGCCACACACAGGCUGCUUAGCGUGUGCAGCUCGUGCUCUGCACAGCAGUCCCUCGGGUAGGCAGUUGCGAUGAACUGGAUGUCAACAGAUGCAUAAAAGGCUGUCGAAGUUUGAGAACUGCAGCACACCGGUGCGCGCCUGCCACAACCACAGGGGGGCGAUCGAGGUCUUUCCGCGCUGCGCAAACGUGCCUCUCGCGGCGGAGCGCAGCUCCCCAAUAACACGAGCACAAUAGUCAACGGGCGAGACUGAGCGGCAGACAGAUGCGCGACUGAGCGGCAGACAUACUUACCUAAGGCUAUUUCACAUGGCAUCCUAAAACUUUGAUACAUCUUGAUUCUGACGCCGCUUGUGAGAUUUAUGGAGCCACGCAGCAUGCUCUCGGUAGCAGCACCUGCUUUUUGGUGAGUGCGAGUCCAGGCUUAAUGCAGCGGUGCAUGUUUUUUUGGGGAGGGGGAGAUGGGCAGGUGAUGAGAGAUCCUGUUGAAUAAAGACCCGACGGCGAGCCGUGGCCAAAACUGUCAUCCCUCGAAUGCGAUCACACCUGACUGUUGAGAUGUCAUGUUCUCCGUUUGGCUAAUUCGAGGAAUAUAUGAGCGAGAGGGGAAUUUGGACAAACCUGGGAUUUACAUCCUCAGCCAUCUCUACCUUGUUAUAUUGAGGGUGGAAGCUGAGAAGACAUCCUCAUAUCAUUUCCUACCUGUUGCUGGUGUCAAGCGGAUUCAGUGAUUCAUUCAUAGCCACCGAAGGGGCAGAGGACGGAACAAACCUACACCCCACCCCUCCCUCGCAGCGAAGAUGGGAACCAGUGAUUUCAUAGGCGAAUAAAGUCUAUCAGAUAACGGAGCUCUCCUCGUGCAUUCAGUUUCCUUUUGGAUAAUGCAGGCGGGCGCCGCGCACAUGGAUUCUAGAACUAUUGGACACCUUUUUCUCAUAAUGAUGAUGAUUAUGAUGAUGGUGAUGUCACCAGAAGCGCGUCGCUUCGCCACAGUUGUAAAGUCCAAUUACAAUAAGUAAAAGUGCACCGAAAGAUCUUAAAGCACUUCCGAAGGCAGCGGACCUGCAGUGCCAGUCAAGUGCAUUUAUGAACUUGCUGAGGCCGUCUCUGGCUCAGCCUCCUUCUUCAGCCCGUUUUCCAUCAUUCUGAAAGCUUCGUAGUUUGAGAAGAUGGAGUUUGCUAUGGUGGGCGCGGACAGCGGGGGCUGCAACACCCACCUGCCCUAUGGAUAUGCCCAGGCUCGCGUCAGGGAGAAAGAGCGCGAGCGAGAGCGGCAGUCUCGCGCAGCGGCGGCGGCAGCCGAAGCCGGAACGGUCGGAGAGGGAGGUGGGUCCAGCAGCCAUCCCCACAACCAUCCGCAUCAGAAUCGCACCGCCUCUUCAACGAAUGCCAACAACAGUAGCGCCGGGACCGCCUCGCGCCCCUCCUCCUUCUCCUCCUCCCAACAGCCGCAACAGCAACAGCAACAGCAGCAGCAGCAGCAACACCACGAGCCGCUACAGCAACUUCUCCGAGAGCGAAAAAAGCAACGAGGCGUCGCGCGCUGGAGACGGAACCGCGCGGCACUCGGCGGGGAUCUACGCCACUCAGAGUUGGCGCUCCUAGGAUCCGAGGAGGACAUCAUGAUCGAGGAAGACGAGGCGGAGGGCGAGGAGGAAGAGGAGGACAGGGGAAGCAAGAGAUCGACUUUUGUCUAUAACAUGGAUUAUGAAGAGGAGACGGUUUCGUUAACGGACAGGCGUCCUCAGUCAGGCUACGAAAAUGUUUACAACGAAUACGGCUGCUGCGAGAGAGUUGUCAUCAACGUGUCGGGCUUGAAGUUUGAGACCCAGCUGAAGACUCUCGCGCAGUUCCCAGACACUCUCCUGGGGGACCCUGAGAAGCGAAUCAGGUACUUCGAUCCUCUGCGUAACGAAUACUUCUUUGACAGGAAUCGACCGAGCUUCGACGCCAUUCUGUACUUCUAUCAGUCCGGGGGGCGCUUGAAGAGACCCGCCAACGUGCCAUUUGACAUCUUUUCCGAGGAGGUCAAGUUCUAUGAACUCGGGGAAGAGGCGAUGCUCAAGUUUCGCGAGGAUGAGGGCUUCGUGAAGGAGGAGGAGAAGCCGCUGCCCGAGGACGAGUUCAAACGCCAGAUCUGGCUGCUCUUCGAGUACCCGGAGAGUUCAAGUCCAGCCAGAGGGAUCGCGGUCGUGUCAGUGCUGGUCAUCGUCAUAUCCAUCGUCAUCUUUUGUUUGGAGACAUUGCCAGAAUUCAGGGACGACAAAGAAUUCCUCAGCCCAGGUAAAAACUCCACGCAGGCGGACAAUGGAUUUACGCCGUUCAACGACCCAUUUUUCAUCGUUGAGACGGUGUGCAUCAUUUGGUUCUCGUUUGAGAUCAUUGUGCGCUUCUUCGCGAGCCCCAGUAAAACUGCUUUCUUUAAAAACGCGAUGAACUCCAUAGACAUCGUCUCUAUUUUGCCUUACUUCAUAACUCUCGGCACAGACCUUGCCCAGCAGCAAGGCAACGGGCAACAGGCGAUGAGUUUCGCGAUCCUGAGGAUAAUACGACUUGUCCGCGUGUUCAGGAUCUUCAAACUGUCUCGGCACUCGAAAGGUCUCCAGAUCCUGGGGCACACUUUGCGCGCGAGCAUGCGAGAGCUGGCGCUGCUCAUCUUCUUCCUCGUCAUCGGUGUCAUCCUGUUCUCCAGCGCGGUGUACUUCGCGGAGGCAGACGAGCCAUCGUCUCAGUUCACCAGCAUCCCAGACGCGUUCUGGUGGGCUGUAGUGACCAUGACCACGGUGGGCUACGGGGACAUGAAGCCCAUCACGGUCGGGGGCAAAAUCGUGGGCUCGUUGUGCGCCAUCGCUGGUGUCCUGACCAUUGCGCUUCCAGUCCCUGUCAUCGUGUCCAACUUCAACUACUUCUACCACCGGGAGACUGAUAACGAGGACCAGGCGCCCGUUGUGGAACAGCCCCCGCCGGCCUGCCCGUACUUUCCGGAUUUCCUGAAAAAAUUCAAAGGGUCCCCAUCGGGGUCGUCUUUGGGUGACAAGGCGGCAGAGUACAUGCACAUUCACGAACACUAAACACAGUCUCAGUGCGGGGCUGACACGCAAAGCCCGAGCAGAGGGAACGGUACUGACUUUGGCGGAAAAAACAGUUCACAUUCACGAACCCUACAGACAGAUGUAUGAUUAUGGACGAACGAUAACCUCCUCGGGAGGUUUUCAUAAAGAUGACUGCACAAAUGAACCAGUUAACAGCACACAUGCACAACUUGAAGACAUAUAGGCUAUACAGUACGCACGUGCGCAAACACAACGAGACCCUCACACACACACACACACACACACACACACACACACACACACACACACACACACACACACACACACACACACACAUGCAUACACGCACUCAUCGAGUUCUGGACCUGAGCUGAAACAUUUUUGCAAUGUGGCUACUUUUGUAGUGAAACGUACCCUGUAAUCACGUGACAGGCAACGCAAAAACCACCAGCUUUACGUGACGUGGAGGUGUCUCUAUCCGCCCACGACUCCCAGUUCAUUAAUGAAGGCAACAAAAAGAACUUGCAUAGGCACUUUAUGAGUUAUAUUUGUCAGUAAUUGUAGGGAAAAGAGGCGAGUUCUUCUUAUCUAAUGCUAUUAUGCAAUAACGUUUAAAUCGUUUGCACUAUCAUC